AAUGUUGAAGAUAUUUUACUUGGUACAAAUGUGAUGCCAAGAGUAACAUUGUCAGCAAGAGAGGUUUCAAUCACCGUAAUAGGUGGCUGGUGCAGCAUUGUUUCGCUUUAAGUGGUUUUGUUAUCGAAAGCUCUCAUUGAUUACCCGGUAUCAGAAGAAUUUCAAUAAUUUUCCGAAAGGACUGGUACUGGUGGGUGACAAAAGGCACAAGAAGGCACUAGCAUAGUGCGGACCCAGAAGCAUCAUAGUGGCCUCUUGAGAUGAGCCAAUUUCCCUACAAAGACGGCGACACCGGUUUUAGACCGGUUGAACCAGCAACAUGUAUUCUACAGAAACAGUACGAUGUCGAUGCCGAGUCAGACGCGGAGGACGAGAUGGUGACAACGGAACGCGAGCUCGCAGAAGAUGCCCAGUGGAAAAAAAUUCAGCAAAAUACGUUUACGCGAUGGGCCAACGAACACCUCAAAACGGUUUCAAAACACAUAGGGAAUUUAGAGACGGAUCUUAGUGACGGGCUUCGCCUCAUCUCCCUCAUCGAGGUACUGGCAAAUAAACGGCUGCCGAAGCACACCAAGAAACCGUCUUUUCGAUCUCAGAAGUUGGAAAAUGUGUCAGUGGCCCUCAAGUUCUUGCAAGACGACGAAGGAAUCAGGAUUGUUAAUAUCGAUUCCACGCAUAUUGUAGACUGCAAACUAAAACUAAUCCUAGGUUUGAUAUGGACGUUAAUUUUGCAUUAUUCAAUAUCAUUGCCAGUAUGGGAAGGCGAAGACGAUAUGAGCAAUGGUGGUACGGAAUCCACCCCCAAGCAAAGAUUAAUGAAUUGGAUCCAAAGCAAAAUUCCAGACCUCCCAAUCAGGAACUUCACGACAGAUUGGAAUGAUGGGAAGCGUUUGGGCGCUUUGGUGGACUCAGUGGCACCCGGAUUAUGCCCUGAUUGGCCUGAUUGGGAUCCAAAGGACUCUGUCCAAAAUGCGUCAGAAGCAAUGGGCUUAGCAGACGAUUGGCUGAAUAUUCCACAACUGAUAAGACCAGAAGAAAUUGUGAACCCCAACAUAGAUGAACAAUCCAUGAUGACAUAUUUAUCUCAGUAUCCCAAUGCCAAGCUUAAGCAAGACGCGCCUCUUCGGCCUAGAACUAGCCCAAAUAAAAUUGCACCGCCUAGAGUACGAGUCUAUGGUCCAGGAGUAGAGCCUACCGGUCCCGUGGUGGGAGCAACGGUGAAUUUUACUGUUGAAACAUUUUCGGCCGGAAAAGGCAAUGUAGACGUGGUUAUCGAAAAUCCGCGUGGCCAAAAAGAGCCGGUGGAUGUUAGAUUCAAUAAUGAUAGAAAUCUGACCUACACCGUCUCCUAUACCCCACAACUUGAAGGCGCACAUAAGGUCCAUGUGAAAUACUCCGGCAGAGAUGUGCCGAAAAGUCCCUUCUCAGUCAAAGUUGAAGGCCACGCAGGAGACCCUACUAAAGUAACAGCAUCUGGACCAGGAUUGCAACCUGACGGGGUUUUCAUUAACAAGCCAACCUAUUUCGACAUUUCAACUAAAAAUGCUGGCAAAGGGGUUCCAGAGGUGGUGAUCCUCGAUUCAUCCGGCAACAAAAAUUCAGCAACAGUAAAAGUGAGGCAAACAAGUCCAGACAUCUGGCGCUGUGAGUACAUUUCCACUGUCCUUGGCCUGCAUUCCGUCAACAUUUUCUUCGCCGGCCAACCCAUUCCAAACAGCCCCUUUGGUGUGCGGGUGUCUCCAGUAUCGGAUCACAAGAAAGUAAAAGCCAGUGGCAGAGGAUUGCAGCCCAAUGGCGUAAGAGUGAAGGAUGCAGCUGAUUUUAAAAUCUACACCGAUGGUGCUGGGGAAGGAUACCCGAAGGUCGAUAUUAUCGGCCCUGCGGGAAUAAAGGAAACCUGCAAAAUCACCAAAAUCGAUGGCAACGUAUACCACUGUGUGUAUAAUCCGCUUAAAGAAGGCCGAUAUAGGAUCAUGGUUAAUUUUGCCGGACAUGAAAUCCACAAGUCACCUUUCGAUGUAAACGUCGGCCCUUACAAGGAAACUUUAAUACAAACUUAUGGACCAGGAUUAGUGGGCGGCGUUGUAAAUUACCCCGCCUUGUUUACUGUGGAAACCAAUGGUGAAACUGGAGCUUUAGGGUUCAGCAUUCAAGGCCCAUCCCAAGCGAAAAUCGAGUGCCACGAUAAUGGAGAUGGCUCAGCAGACGUAAGAUAUUAUCCAACAGCUCCAGGCGAAUAUGCAGUUCAUAUCCUAUGCGAUAGCGAAGACAUUCCAAAGAGUCCGUUCAUCGCUCACAUUUUACCUCACACCGAUUAUUUCCCGGAGAAAGUGGACGUCUAUGGGGAAGGAGUCGAACCCAACGGGCCGCAGAAAGAUGUUCCAACUAAAUUCAAAAUCGACACUCGAAACGCUGGAUCAGCACCUUUAGAUGUGAAAGUUCUGGACGGAAACUCCAAUAAGGUCGAUGUCAAUCUUGUGGAACACUCUGAUGGUACAGUCGAAGCUUCUUACAUUCCCAAAAGUGGAAACCGCCAUACAGUGCAAGUGAACUAUGGGGGAGUCGCUGUGAAAAAUUCGCCAUUCAGAAUAUUCGUUGGGGAACCAGUGGAUGCAACCAAAGUCCUCUGCUUUGGACCAGGGGUAGAAACAGGUGUUAAAGCCGCAACUCCCACCCACUUUAACAUUGAUGCACGCGAUGCGGGAGAUGCAGAGUUGGAUGUCCACCUAAUAAAUGAAGACACUCGUGAAGAAAUCCCCGUCAAACUCACCGACAAUGGAGACCGGACCUACACAGUGGACUACGAAGUUCCCCAAUCCGGCGACUAUUCGGUCUCGUUGUAUUAUGGCGGCCUAAGGGUGCCAACUACCCCCAUUAAAGUCAACGUAGAACCCAACGUUGAUGUGUCGAAGAUCAAAGUCGAUGGCCUAGAACCGACGGCGCCAAUAAAUAGCCUGCAGCAAUUUAGAGUCAUAACUCAGGACGCUGGAAAGGCUGAAUUCGCUAUAUCAAUAACAAGUCCUUCAGGCAACAAAGUAAAAGCCCACGUCAUCCCCACGCAUGAAGGGUACUUGGUGAAUUUCACCCCCACUCAGCUGGGAGAAUAUUUGCUCGGAAUAUCAUUCGGUGGAGAACCAAUAUCGCAUAGACCUUUCAAGUUAACGUGCCUAACGGGAAGUGAUCCCACAAAAGUGAAAGCAUCGGGACCAGGUCUUCACAAGGGCAUCGUUAACCGACCUGCUGAGUUUAUCAUUGACACCAGAGGAGGUGGCGGUGGAGGUCUUGGUGUUACUGUAGAAGGACCUUGCGAAGCAGCAAUAAACUGCAGAGACAAUGGAGAUGGCACGUGCUCUGUAGCAUAUUUACCAACUGAAGUUGGUGAUUAUGGAAUUAACAUUACGUUCAACGAUAACCACAUACCUGGCAGUCCAUUUCAAGCAAUUAUUGUGCCUGAAGUUGACAUGAACAUGAUUAAAGUAUCGGGGAGCGGAAUUCAAUUACAUGGUGUAUACGUCGACUCCCCCACGGACUUUCUGGUUGAUACGCGUGGUAUACCCAAAUCAACUGACGAUGGAAAAGUCACAUGCACCAUAACAAACCCAUCGGGAGCUCAAACAGAGAAGCUCGUCACUGCUUUAAUUGACGGAACAUACAAAGUCAGCUACACUCCAUUUGAAGAAGGUAGACAUACAAUCGACAUAUUUUACGAUAAUGUUCCCGUGCCUGGAUCGCCUUUUGUUGUGAAUGUGAGACGCGGCUGCGAUGCCAAGAAAUGCAUUGCCUAUGGACCUGGCUUAGAAAAUGGAGUUCUAAACAAAUCGAAUGUAUUUACUGUGGAAACCAAAGGUGCGGGUACUGGCGGUCUCAGUUUGGCCAUUGAAGGGCCAUCAGAGGCUAAAAUGACAUGCAAAGAUAAUAGAGAUGGGUCGUGUUCAGUAGAAUAUAUUCCCACGGAAGCAGGAGAAUAUGAUGUAGCUAUUCGGUUUGCCGAUAGCCAUAUACCUGGCUCCCCUUUCAAAGUUGAAGUCAGGCCAGAAUUGGAUGAGACCCUUGUUAAGGCAUAUGGCCCGGGACUUGAGUCCAACAAAUGCAGAGCAUUGAUACCUACUAAAUUCAAAAUCGACGCAUCUAAAGUGGCUCCGGCUCCGGUAGCUGUAAACAUCGUGUCUGAUUCGUCUCCGAUCUCAAGACGACCGGAAAUUCGGGAUAAUGGUGAUGGAACGUUCGAAGUUACGUACAUCCCACCAAACGAAGGAGCCAAUCUUAAGGCGCACGUCCUCUACAAUGGCAAAGAUGUGCCCAACAGUCCAUUCCCCAUAAAAGUACGCCCACUUGUGGAACCUGACAAAGUGAAAAUAACCGGGCCAGCAAUUGUGGAAAAAGGCAUUCCAGCAUCAAUACCCACUUCAGUUAAAAUCGAUACUAGUGAUGCAGGAUUUGGGGAUUUGGAAGUUAAAGUUAGCGGCCCUGAUGGACAUCCUCGGCCAGUGAAAAUACAUGAAAAUGGCGAUGGAACUGUUAACGCAACUUUCGUUCCUGAUGACUGUGGACGGUACAAAUUGGACGUCAAAUAUGGAGGCAAAGACGUCCCCAAAACGCCUAUCCCCAUCCAGGCCUAUGCCAUAGGAAAUGCGGAGAAAUGUACCAUUACGGAAGGUUUGGAAAAAACUCUCUCCAGUGGAGAAUCGUACUGUAUCACAGUCAAUACGGAAAAUGCUGGUAAAGGUGCAGUCACCUGCAGAAUCAAAUCAGUGAACGGCAGCGACUUGGAUAUUAACAUUGUGGAUAAUGGGGAUGGCACUGUCAGCAUAUUCUACACCGUGGAAGAUGCUGGGGAAUACACCAUUAACAUCAAGUUCGGAGGUCAAACAGUCCCAGGAGGCUUCUACACAUUCAUGGCUGAAGAAUCGGUUACAAAAACCGAGAAGACUACUGUUUCUCAAACAGACAGCAGAAAACAAACAUCCAGUACUCAACAAAGCCAGCCACAAUACAGGGCGAUCAAUUUAAAUAACAUCCCAUUACCGAGCACAGGUGGCCACGUAACAGCCGAAGUAAAGAUGCCAAGUGGACAUGUGGACCGGCCAGUAAUAGAAGACAAUCACGACGGAACUGUUUCAAUAAAAUACGAGCCACGAGAGGAGGGUGUCCAUGAGCUUGCAGUGAAAUUCAAUGGAGAACACGUGCAAGGUUCUCCAUAUAAAUUCCACGUAGAUUCUGUGAGUUCCGGCUAUGUGACAGCAUACGGCCCUGGAUUGACCCACGGAGUCACUGGAGAACCGAGCAAUUUCACCAUUUCCACUAAAGGCGCUGGUGAUGGAGGACUCUCCAUGGCGGUGGAAGGGCCCAGCAAGGCUGAAAUAAGUUGCCAUGACAAUAAGGAUGGAACGGUGUCGGUUUCAUAUCUGCCCACUGCUCCUGGUGAAUACAAGAUUUCCGUUCGUUUCGGUGACAAACAUAUCAAAGGAUCGCCGUUCUUCUCGAAAAUAACCGGAGAAGGCCGGAAAAGAAACCAAAUCUCCGUUGGUUCAUGCAGUGAAGUUUCACUGCCAGGAAAAAUAUCAGACGCUGAUAUUCGCUCUCUUAAUGCUUCCAUACAGGCACCCAGCGGCCUGGAAGAGCCAUGCUUCUUGAAAAGACUAGCCAGCGGCAAUAUUGGCAUUUCCUUUACUCCAAGAGAAGUAGGUGAACAUGUUGUUUCCGUGAAAAAAAUGGGCAAUCACAUAACGAACUCGCCAUUUAAAAUCAAUGUAUGCGAACGGGAGGUCGGAGACGCCAAGAAAGUUAAAGUGCAAGGAGGCGCCCUGAAGGACGGAAAAACCCAUGUUGACAAUACUUUUACUGUAGAUACAAGAAAUGCUGGAUUCGGUGGGCUCAGUCUUUCCAUUGAAGGGCCAAGCAAGGCCGAAAUCCAGUGCAACGACAAUUCGGAUGGCACUUUGAAUAUUUCCUAUAAACCAACCGAACCGGGAUAUUACAUUGUUAAUCUGAAGUUUGCUGAUCAUCAUGUCGAUGGAUCCCCAUUCACUGUUAAGGUAACUGGUGAAGGAUCCAACAGGCAACGUGAGAAGAUUCAAAGGCAGCGCGACGCAGUGCCAGUAACUGAAGUUGGAAGCCAAUGCAAACUCACUUUCAAAAUGCCAGGUAUAACUUCAUUCGACUUGGGCGCCACCGUAACUUCCCCUGGAGGAGUUACGGAAGAUGCGGAAAUCAACGAAAUCAAAGACGGGCUCUACGCAGUCCAUUUCGUCCCUAAGGAGUUGGGAGUUCACACAGUGUCUGUUCGAUACAAGGACAUUCAUAUACCUGGUUCGCCAUUCCAAUUCACUGUUGGUCCAUAUCGCGACCAUGGGGCCCAUUUGGUCAAAGCUGGAGGCGCAGGUCUGGAAAGGGGUGAACAGGGCGAACUUAACGAAUUCAACGUUUGGACCAGAGAAGCUGGAAGCGGCCAACUUGCAAUUUCAGUAGAAGGUCCCAGCAAAGCUGAAAUUAACUUCACAGAUCGAAAGGAUGGCUCUUGCGAUGUGUCCUACAAAGUCACUGAACCAGGCGAAUAUAGAAUUGGAUUGAAAUUCAACGACGAACAUGUACCGGACUCUCCUUUCAAGGUUUACAUAUCUCCAGCCGUUGGAGACGCUCAUUUGCUUGAAGUAGCUCAAUUUCCAGAAGGCUACAUUCAAGCCGACAAACCGUCGCAAUUUAUUGUCAGAAGAAAUGGAGCCAAGGGCGAUCUUGAUGCAAAGAUCAUCAGUCCUUCGGGACAUGAGGAUGAUUGCUUCGUGCAGAUCAUUGAUAUGGAAGAAUAUUCUGUGCGCUUUAUGCCACGCGAGAAUGGCAUUCAUAAAAUCCAUGCCAAGUUCAACGGCGUUCAUAUUCCUGGAUCACCAUUCAGUGUUAAAGUCGGAAAGGAUACUGCUGAUCCUGCUGCCGUUCACGCUCAAGGAAAUGGACUAAAUAAGGAAGUCAAGACAGGUGUGAAGACCGAUUUUAUAGUAGAUACUGUGAGUGCUGGUGCUGGUACGCUGGCAGUGAACAUCGAUGGGCCAAGUAAAGUUUCAAUGGAUUGUACUGAAGUCGACGAAGGUUACAAAGUCAGAUACACACCAAUUGCACCCGGAGACUAUUACAUUAGUAUAAAGUACAACAACGUCCACAUAGUGGGAUCGCCCUUUAAAGUAACCAGCAAAGGUGACACCAAUGUUGCUGAUGUCGGCGGACAAGAGUCCUCCUCAGUGGUUGUAGAAACAGUUCAAAAAAUCGGAAAAGGCGCCAACCACAGAGGUCCAGUACUACCCCACUUCAAGAGCGACGCUUCAAAGGUCACUUCCAAAGGAAUGGGGUUGAAGAAGGCAUAUCUGGCAAAGCAAAAUCAGUUUACUAUUGCGGCCCAAGAUGCUGGACCGAAUAUAUUGUUUGUGGGAGUUCACGGGCCUAAAGGCCCAUGUGAUGAAGUUUUUAUCAAACACAAAGGACGAAACGCGUAUGAUGUUAACUAUAUGGUGAGAGAUCGGGGGGAAUAUCUGAUUAUCGUCAAAUGGGGCGACGACCAUAUUCCAGGAUCACCGUUCAAAGUCGAUGUGUAAACGUUAAGAUUAAUUUCUGGUAAUUUAGCCCCAACUUAUAUUUACUUUAAACAAAUUUGAUUUUGUUUGUUUUGAAGUUUUCCGUUUAUUUUGUACAUAAUAAUUUCAUUAUAAUUAAGUAAUUAGAGGUGUAUUGUACCUUUACUUAUUCCAUUAUGAUAACAAAAUUUUGUUUUCCAUUUGAGAUACAGUGUAAAAAUAUAAUGCCAUACUUAAUUGUUAUUUAUAAAUGCUUAUAUCGAUUCAGGAAUAAUCUUGUAUUUUCGAACGUUAUUAUUAUAUGCUACUUUUUUAAAUAAAUAUUUGGUAGAUAACAA